CAAAAGCUGGAGGAAGAGAAGGAGGCUAAACGUGCUCGGCUGGAUGGCAGGCAUGAUUACUUACUGGAUACUGUUGCCUCUUGUGUGAAUCUGGACAAAGCAGAAGUAGAAGAUGCUAUACUUGAUGGUAACCAGAUGGAGCGCAUUGACAAAUUCCUGGCACCUGGAGGUCUGCGCCAUCUGAUGUUCUACUAUCAAGAUGUGGAGACAACGGAUACAGGGCACUUUGGCCUUCCAGGAACACGAAUGAACUCUCAUUUGACAAAGAAGAAUCCUAAAGUAUUUGUGACAGAGGGAAAAGAAGUUGCUUUAACUGGUGUAUGCAUUUUCUUCAUUAGAUCUAGUCUUUUUAAACCCAUCACAACUGAGAAUAUAUAUCAGGAAGUAAGUUUUAAUAUGAUGAAUGUAGGUCGAGAUGGCUUACUAAAAAGUGUCGAGCAGUUGAUAUCAGAAAUCUUCAUUCCAGCCUUGCAGACUAUGGACUGUGGCCGGGUUGAACCUCAACAAUUUUCCAGUAUCAAGCAGGACUUCCUUUUUUCCCUUGAAGCAUUUGUUAGUGUGCUGUCAGGAACUCAGCAGAGUCUGUUGGAAAAGAUCAAUCUGAAGAAAUAUGAAACAUAUGAUCUGAAAACUCUGCGAGGACCUUCAGAUUACCUGAUGGUUGCUAAUAGCAUAGAUGCCCUUGAAAGAAUAGAAGUCUGCAUGAAAGGGUGGACCAAACAAAUUGAACAGGUUCUUGCAGAAAAUGACCAGUUGAGGAAGGAAGCUGAUGACCUUGGACCACGAGCAGAGCUUGAUUACUGGAAGAAGAGACUGACGAAAUUCAACUAUCUUACGGACCAGUUGAAGAGCCCAGAUGUGAAGGCAGUACUUGGAGUACUUACUGCAGCUAAAUCCAAACUGCUAAAGAAAUGGCGAGCAUUGGAUAUUCGCAUCACCGAUGCAGCAAAUGAAGCUAAAGAUAAUGUGAAGUAUCUAUAUUCUCUGGAAAAAUGUUGUGACCCAUUAUACAAUAGUGAUCCUGUGUCUAUGGUGGAUGCUAUUCCAGGACUCAUAAAUACAAUUAAAAUGAUUCAGAGUAUUUCUCGGUAUUACAACACAUCUGAAAAGAUAUCCUCACUGUUUGUGAAGGUGACAAAUCAGAUGAUCACAGCAUGUAAAUCUUACAUUACAAACAACAAUACAGCCACCAUCUGGAAUCAACCUCAGGAAAAAGUUAUGGAAAAGCUACAAGCAGCCAUUAGGCUUAAACAGGAGUAUCAAACUUGCUUUCAUAAGAUAAAAGAGAAAUUGGAACAAAAUCCUGGUGAAAGACAGUUUGAUUUUAGUGAGAUGUAUAUCUUUGGAAAAUUUGAAACCUUUCAUCGGCGUCUGGUAAAGAUAAUACAUGUUUUCAAUACUAUGAAAACCUACUCAGUACUACAGGAGUCUAACAUAGAGGGAUUGGAAGGGAUGAUCACAAAAUAUGAGGGCAUUGUUGACAUCAUGAAGAAAAGGUAUUACAAUUUCUUGGAUCAACGCAAGACUGAUUUUGACCAAGACUAUGAAGAAUUUUGCAAAGAGAUAAAUGAUCUUCAUGAUCAAUUAAGGAUUUUCAUGGAUAUCACCUUGGAAAAUAUUUUGCAUACUGAAAGAGCACUGAGUAUGCUGAAGAAAUUUGAAAGAUUACAAAUCCCGAAUCUUGGCAUUGAUGAAAAGUAUCAGCAAAUACUUCAAAAUUAUGGUCAUGACAUAGAAACAGUCUGUAAGAUCUACACUAGGCAGAAGCAGGACCCUCCACUGGCUCGUAAUCUGCCGCCAAUAGCUGGCAAGAUCUUGUGGGCACGCCACCUAUUCCAUAGGAUCCAGGAGCCCAUGGAGUCUUUCCAGCAGCAUCCGGCUGUUCUGCAAACACCAGAUGGCAAGCGCAUAAUCCGCAACUACAACAAAGUAGCAAAAGUUCUUAUGGAGUUUGAGGUGAUCUACCACAGAGGAUGGCUUCAGCAGAUUGAAUUAACUAAAAGAGGACUUCAAGCAUCACUCUUGGUAAAGGCUCCAGAAACAGGGGAAUUAUUUGUGAAUUUUGACCCUCAAAUACUAACUUUAAUCAGAGAAACAGACUGCAUGGCUCACAUGUGCCUUGAAAUCCCACCAUUUGCAAGCAUUAUUCAAGAGAAGAGAGACUGGUAUAAGAAGGUUGUCAACAAUUUGCAUAUGAUGCUGGCAGAAUAUAAAAGAAUUAAACUGAAAAUACAAGAACCUAUUGAACAACUGAUGGCUCCUCGGUUAGCAAAUGUAGAUAAUGCUAUCCAGCCAGGUCUAAUGUUAUUGACCUGGACAUCCUUGAAUAUUGAGAAAUAUAUUAAUACAGUUUUUUACAAGCUAGCUGGGCUGGAGUUAUUGCUUGAUCGAGUGUAUGACUUGAUGGAGUUUCGUAUUGAUGCUGUCCUUCAAGAAAUGAAUAGAGUGCCGCUCUGUAAGUUGCCAGAAGAUGAACCACUGAGCUGUGAGGAAUUUCUCCAGAAGACUAAGGAGCUCUGUAUAAAAGGUUCUUGGACUUUACAUUUAAAAAGCUCACUGGUGGAAGAUGCUGCUAAUGAGCUGAUUAACAUGUUACUUGACGAAGAGGUGCAGGUCAGGAAAGAUAAGAAGUCAGUUGUAUCCAUCAAUUUAACUAACUAGAUUUAUGAUGUUUUAGCAACAGAAGAAGAAAAAAGAUCAAAAAGCUUGACUUCCUCCCACAAUUCCAGCGAUAUAUGGGCUGGACUGUCACCUCCAGCAAAGAGGAAGAGAAUGGAUUUAGAAAUGUUAGAGGAAAAAGCCAAUGAACUGCUUUCCUACUUCAACCAUUGUAAUAUUGACGCCCUUUUGAAAGUCACUCGAAACACUCUGGAGACCAUACGGAAGCGCAUCCAUGCAUCUUCCAUGAUCAACUUCUUAGAAAAUCACAGUGAUUCUAUGCAGAAAAAAGGUGCUCAUCCUAUAAUUAGGACAAGUAUUAACCUAUCUAUCCCUAAUAUUAUCAUGACACCCUCUUUGGAUGAGGUACAGCAGACACUUAAUAAAGCUGUAGAUUAUAUUGUUAAAGUAACAAAAGGAGUUGGACAGUGGAGUAAAGAGAGAAUGUCCAAGAAGAAGAUGUUAGACAGAAAAGUGGCUGUGUUGCGGUGUGAGAGCAGAGACAGUGAUUCUGAUGAUGGAAUGAAAGAGACUGGAAAGAAAAACCUUUAUGAUGCAGCAUCACUCAGUUUGUCUGAUCCAGUGCAAAGCCAAAACUACUUCAAGAGUGUUUCAGAGAACAAAGAAAUAAUUAAAUUAGUAUCUUUACUCAGCACUGCUAUUAAUUCUACAAAAAGGGAAGUUCUUACAGCUUUGGAAAGUUUUAAUUGUUACCACCAUGUAUGGCAGAGGGACAAGGAGGAAACCAUUGAUAAAUUAAUGAUGGGAAACCCAUUACUUUCUGAAUUUGAAUCUGAAAUUCUACAUUUCCAAGCCCUGGAGCUGAAAAUCAAUUCUGAGCCUGAAUACAUCUGCGUGGGAGCUGUUGCACUGUACACUGCUGAUCUGAAGGUAGCACUGAGAGCAGAAACCAAAGCCUGGAUGACUUCUCUGGGGUGUCAUUGUAAUAAGAAGUACCGAACAGAGAUGGAAGCAAUUUUCACUUUUAUAGAGGAAACUGGCAAGAAGUUAAAUCGCCGCAUCAAGGAUCUGGAUGAUAUAAGAAUAGCCAUGUCAGCUUUAAAAGAGAUCAGAGAACUACAGAUCUCCAUAGAUUCUAAAGUUGGGCCCAUUGAGGAAUCCUAUGCUUUGUUAAACAAAUAUAAUCUACUUGUGGCCAAGGAAGAGACAGAGAAGGUGGACACUUUGCACUACACUUGGGAAAAACUGUUAAUCCGUGCAAAUGAAGUGCAAAAUGAGCUCAUUGCUUUGCAGCCAAGCUUCAGAGAAGAGCUUAUUAGCUCUGUGAAGACUUUUACUGAAGAGUGUGCGCAGUUCUAUUCAGAUUAUGACCAGAAUGGACCAAUGGUGGUUGGCUUAGAGCCUCAGGAAGCAAGUGACAGGCUUACUAUGUUUCAGAAUCAAUUUGAUAAUCUUUUUCGGAAAUAUGUUACCUAUAGUGGUGGUGAAGAUCUUUUUGGUUUGCCUGCUACUCGGUAUCCUCAGCUGUUUGAAAUAAAGAAGCAACUGAAUCUGUUACAGAAACUGUACAAUCUGUAUAACAAUGUCAUUGAUACAGUCAGUGGCUACUAUGAUAUUCUUUGGUCAGAAUUAGACACUGGAAAAAUUAACAGUGAACUUCUGGAAUUUGAGAACAGGUGUCGUAAGCUUCCUCGUGGUGUAAAGGAAUGGCAGGCCUUUUUUGACCUAAAGAAGACCAUUGAGGACUUCAGUGAGUGUUGCCCAUUGCUUGAGCAUAUGUCAAGUAAAGCAAUGAUGCCUCGGCACUGGAAGCGGAUUACGGAUCUCACUGAACACAACUUUGACGUGGAAAGUGAAACAUUCAAACUGAGAAAUAUAAUGGAAGCUCCACUAUUAAGAUAUAAGGAGGAAAUAGAGGAUAUCUGCAUAAGUGCUAUGAAGGAGAGAGACAUUGAGCAGAAGUUAAAACAAGUGAUAGCUGAAUGGGACAACAAAACAUUUAUCUUUGCAAACUUUAAAACCCGUGGGGAACUUCUUUUAAGAGGUGACAGCACAUCAGAAACCAUUGCUACCAUGGAGGACAGCUUGAUGAUUCUUGGCACUCUCAUGAAUAACAGAUACAACACACCCUUUAAGAUGCAGAUUCAGAAAUGGGUGCACUAUCUUUCCAACACAACAGAUAUCAUUGAGAACUGGAUGACUGUGCAGAACUUGUGGAUUUAUUUAGAAGCUGUUUUUGUUGGUGGUGACAUAGCAAAGCAGCUUCCAAAGGAAGCAAAGCGUUUCUCUAACAUUGAUAAAUCCUGGGUGAGGAUCAUGACUCGAGCUCAUGAAACACCUAAUGUUGUUCAGUGUUGCAUUGGAGAUGAAAUCAUGGGACAAUUACUGCCACAUUUACUAGAACAGCUGGAAAUCUGUCAGAAAUCACUCACAGGGUAUCUAGAGAAAAAACGCCACCUAUUUCCACGAUUCUUCUUUGUGUCAGAUCCUGCUCUCUUAGAAAUUCUUGGCCAGGCAUCAGACUCUCACAAUAUACAGGCACAUCUGCUGAAUGUCUUUGACAACAUUAAAACUGUCAGGUUCCAUGAAAAGAUAUACGAUCGUAUAUUGUCGAUUAGUUCACGAGAAGGUGAGACUGUAGAGCUGACUAGACCUGUAAUGGCUGAAGGUAACGUGGAAGUUUGGCUAAAUUCUCUGUUGAAGGAAUCCCAGCUGUCACUCCAUCACAUUAUUUGCCAGGCAGCUGCACAAAUCCAGGAAGCUAGUUUCCAGCUGACUGAAUUUCUUUCUAGUUACCCAGCCCAGGUUGGGUUGUUGGGGAUCCAAAUGAUUUGGACAAGAGACUCAGAAGAAGCUUUGACUAAUGCCAGGUAUGAUAAAAAAAUUAUGCGAAAGACGAACCAGUUUUUCCUGGAUCUUCUAAACAUGCUGAUAGAUGUGACAACAAAAGACCUUAGCCCAGUCGAGCGAAUUAAAUAUGAGACAUUAAUCACUAUUCAUGUGCAUCAGAGGGACAUUUUUGAUGGUCUGUGUUGCAUGCAUAUCAAGAGCCCUACAGACUUCGAGUGGCUGAAACAGUGUAGAUUUUAUUUUAAUGAAGACUCUGAUAAAAUGAUGAUUAAGAUCACUGAUGUGGGUUUCACGUACCAGAAUGAAUUCUUGGGCUGUACUGACAGGCUUGUCAUAACACCUCUGACAGACAGAUGUUACAUCACUUUGGCUCAAGCUUUAGGCAUGAACAUGGGCGGUGCACCUGUGGGACCAGCAGGAACUGGAAAAACGGAAACCAUCAAAGACAUGGGACGGUGCCUUGGAAAAUAUGUCGUGGUCUUUAACUGUUCAGACCAGAUGGAUUUCCGAGGACUUGGGAGGAUCUUCAAAGGUCUUGCUCAGUCUGGCUCCUGGGGUUGCUUUGAUGAAUUCAAUCGUAUUGAUUUACCAGUACUGUCAGUAGCUGCACAACAAAUUGCAAUUGUGUUGACCUGUAAGAAAGAACUUAAAAAAAGCUUUAUUUUUACUGAUGGAGAUUAUGUGGAAAUGAAUCCAGAAUUUGGCAUCUUUCUUACUAUGAACCCAGGAUAUGCUGGACGUCAAGAACUUCCUGAAAACUUGAAGAUCAACUUCCGUUCAGUGGCUAUGAUGGUUCCUGAUCGUCAAAUCAUAAUUCGUGUCAAAUUGGCAAGUUGUGGUUUUGUUGCUAAUGUUGUAUUGGCGAGGAAAUUCUUUACACUGUACAAGCUAUGUGAAGAACAACUGUCGAAGCAGGUGCAUUAUGAUUUUGGCUUGCGGAAUAUAUUGUCAGUGCUACGUACAUUAGGAGCAGCAAAAAGAGCAAAUCCCACAGACACCGAAUCUACCAUUGUCAUGCGUGUGCUGAGAGACAUGAACCUGUCUAAACUAAUUGAUGAAGAUGAACCCUUAUUCCUGAGUCUAAUAGAAGAUCUGUUUCCAGAUAUCCAGCUUGAUAAAGUAGGCUAUCCUGAACUGGAAGCUGCCAUUGACAAAAAG